GAAAAGAAUUGUAAAGAGCAAUACAACACAAGACAAACCCCCGAGAAAGCAGCAAAAUGGCGCCACCAGCUCGAGCCCUCUUCUUACGUCAAAGAUUGAUUCUUGGUACCUUUCUUGGUGGCGGAGCUCUUUUCGUCAGUAUGAAAUGGAAAGCCGUCAUGCAAAGGAGUGAGGCCGCGAAGAUUGCUGGAUCAAAGCAGAAUUUUGCUGUUGCUGCUGCUAGAAGCGGUGGUGGAAUUUGAACAUUCUUAAUGGAUUCGAUCGAUGACGAGUCAAAAUUAUAAAUCGGGAGAAAAUUGGCACACACGGGAUCGAAUAUUAUCCCAUGGCAGAUAUGAAUAGAUGAUAAACACGCACAUACAAAUGAGGUUGCAUCAAGUUCACGAUGAAACAGAAGAGACAUAGUCUAGGGCGUUUGGGAAUCAUUCUGGUGACGAAGAGAAAACCAUACAGAAAUGCCUUAAGCCGGAUGAUAAGAUCAUUAUGUUACUCCCAAUCAUGACAUUUGACUGACAUGCUCGUACUGAUAAAUAUUCUGAACCUUCCCAGAUACCAUUCCUUUCCAACGCUUCGCCAAUGGGUUUCUUUUGGGAUUUUUGUCUGAACAGGAAACUCAUGUCAUUCAAAUGAUAACAUGAGAGUAUAUCGAUUCGAUCUAUAGGAAUAGGAGGAACAGAUUCCGAGCAGAAAAAAUACAAAUUCUGUCCCGUCUAGAUUCUACUUGAGAUCAGGGGGAGACACGCUCAUGCACAGUGUAAAGUUACCUUCAAUCCAUUGACAUGGACUUCACAUCUUUCAAUUCCAUCACGCAAGUUUGUCAAAGAC